UCUCUCCCCUUCACCUUCCUUCGGCUGGGGCCUGAGGGAGCAGGCUUGGUUUUUUGUGAAUGAAAUGCUCUCUGGAUGUGUCUCGGUCGCCGAUUUCUGGCUUCCUCUGCCUCCAUCUCCCUUUCGGCCUCUCUGGCCAUUUCUGGUUCUCUCCCUGACCAUCUCCCGUUGCUGGGUACAUGGUUCGGGUCCGAGCUGUGGUGAUGGCCCGAGAUGACUCCAGUGGGGGCUGGCUGCCUGUGGGGGGCGGGGGCCUCAGCCAGGUGAGCGUAUGUCGGGUCCGAGGGGCCAGGCCCGAGGGGGGGGCCCGCCAGGGGCACUACGUCAUCCACGGGGAGCGACUUCGGGACCAGAAAACCACCUUGGAGUGUACACUAAGGCCAGGCUUGGUUUACAACAAGGUGAACCCCAUCUUUCAUCACUGGAGUGUGGGUGACUGCAAGUUUGGGCUGACAUUUCAGAGUCCUGCAGAAGCUGAUGAGUUCCAGAAGAGUUUGCUAGCAGCACUGGCCGCAGUGGGUCGAGGCUCGCUCACCCCCUCCUCCUCCUCUUCCUCCUCCCCUUCCCAGGACACCGCAGAAACACCCUGCCCUCUGACGUCUCACGUGGACAGCGACUCCUCCUCCAGUCACAGCCGCCAGGAGACGCCUCCCACCACCGCCGCGGCUGCAGCGGCCCCUAUGGUCACGGUGGAGUCAGCUUCUGGCUUCGGGCCGGUCACGCCCCCCCAGCGCCGACGCUCCUCUGCUCAGAGCUACCCUCCGCUCCUGCCGCUCACGGGAUUUCCGGAGCCCUCGGAGCCCCCGGCCGGGGCGGGGGGCCCGGGCUGGGGCAGCCGCGGCUAUGAGGAUUACCGGCGCACGGGGCUGCCCGCGCCCCUCACCCUGUCCACUUGCGUUGUCCGCUUUGCCAAGACUGGCGCGUUGAGGGGUGGCGGCCGCUGCGCGGAGGCCCCAGACCCGGGCCGCCUGCUGGUGCGCCGCCUCAGCUGCCUGUGGUGCGCCGAGAGCUUGCUCUACCACUGCCUGUCGGACGCCGAGGGCGACUUCUCGGACCCGUGCGCCUGCGAGCCGGGCCACCCACGCCCUGCUGCGCGCUGGGCUGCGCUGGCCGCACUCUCCCUGGCAGUGCCCUGCCUCUGCUGCUACGCACCCCUGCGUGCCUGCCACUGGGUUGCAGCGCGAUGCGGCUGCGCGGGCUGCGGGGGUCGCCACGAGGAGGCAGCACGGUGAGGAUGGCUUGGUGGAUCUGGUCCCCAGAACGAGGACCCAAAAUGGAGGGUCCAGGAUCCUGGGCUCCGUUCGGACCCCAGACCUAAACCUAGGCACACCUGGAACUUGGAGCUCGAGUUUGGAUUGAGAGGCCCCAGACUUGGAACCCGGACCCCAAAUCUAGAAUUGAGGGAUCCCAGGCCCGGCUUCAUUGAGCUGUCUACCCAAGAAGUCCCAGGCACCCUGAGUUGUGGCGUACUCAUCCUGCUGUCCCCCUUCUGCCAUGGCCCAGGCUGAGGAGACUCCAGUCAUCCCCAGGCUCCGCACCUCAGGCAGGCCUGGGAGCACACAGAGUCCUGACGGCCGCAGGGCCCUGAAAGAACCCUGACUGAACCCUCAGAUUACAGCCCCAGAAUUAGGAGUUUCAAAUAUCUGACCCUGCCUGUAUGUAAUUACUCCCAGAUCUUGAGAUCACAGGGCCCAGAAGCAUCCCAAAUGGUUCCUGAAUGCUCACCUAAAAUUUGGGACGUUUGUAUCUGAGGUGUUCUUCUAGCCCUAGGACCCCCGAGACACUGAGCGCUCUUAAAAUGCUCUGAGUUCUAGGAUAUACUCAAAUAGAAGUUCUCUAACCAAAA